GCCGACUGCUUUGCUAUUGGGAGAGAGUUUUCAACUCGGACGCUUCAUCCAUCUGAUGUGCGCACAAGGCGACGACCUCCUGACGCUGUCCCUCACUCCCACACGCCUCGCCUGCUCGCCACUCGCUCGCUCUUCGCCGGCGUCAGGGACCUACAAGCACCCGCCGGCCAUGUCCGGGAGCCCCGCCGACCCGCGCCCGCCGGAGCCGGAGCAGAACGGCGGAGGCGACGGGUACGCGUACCUGUCGGGGCUGGGCAACAGCUUCUCGUCGGAGGCCGUCCCGGGGUCGCUCCCGGCCAACGGCCACAACAGCCCGCUGCUCUGCCCGCUGGGCCUCUACGCCGAGCAGCUCUCCGGCACCUCCUUCACCACCCCGCGCCACCGCAACCUCCGCACGUGGAUGUACCGGAUCAAGCCGUCGGUGACCCACGACCCCUUCCACCCGCGGGACCCGCCCAACCCCCGCCUCCUCGCCGACUUCCACGACCCGCGCGCCGCCGUCGCCACGCCCACCCAGCUCCGAUGGAGGCCCCGCGAUGCGGAUAAGGAUGCGGACCUCGACUUCGUCGACGGCCUCUACACCGUCUGCGGCGCCGGCAGCUCCUUCCUCCGCCACGGAUUCGCAGUCCACAUGUACGCCGCUAACAAGUCCAUGGACGGAUGCGCCUUCUGCAACGCCGACGGCGACUUCCUCAUCGUGCCACAGCAAGGGAAGUUGUUGAUCACAACCGAGUGCGGAAAGAUGUUGGUGCCACCUGGCGAGAUCGUCGUCAUUCCUCAGGGCUUCCGCUUCGCCGUCGACUUGCCUGACGGCCCUUCGCGUGGCUAUGUUUCCGAGAUCUUCGGCGCCCAUUUCCAGCUCCCUGAUCUUGGUCCGAUCGGUGCCAAUGGUUUGGCUUCGGCGAGGGAUUUCCUCUCCCCCACGGCAUGGUACGAGCAAGCCCACCGCCCUGGGUAUGUCAUAGUGCAGAAGUAUGGUGGUGAGCUAUUCACCGCCACACAGGAUUUUUCACCGUUUAAUGUGGUCGCCUGGCAUGGAAAUUAUGUCCCAUACAAGUACGACCUGAGCAAGUUCUGUCCAUUUAACACUGUCCUGUUCGAUCACGCCGACCCGUCAGUAAACACAGUUCUUACUGCUCCAACUGACAAGCCUGGCGUAGCAUUACUUGAUUUUGUGAUAUUCCCGCCCCGAUGGCUGGUUGCCGAGAACACAUUCCGCCCUCCGUACUACCAUCGCAACUGCAUGAGCGAGUUCAUGGGACUGAUCUACGGCGUAUAUGAGGCAAAAGCCGAUGGCUUCCUCCCCGGAGGCGCGAGCCUGCACAGCUGCAUGACACCCCAUGGGCCGGACACCAAGACGUACGAGGCGACCAUCAGCAAGCUUGGCGGACCGGAGGCCAACACGCCGACAAGGCUGAGCGGCACGCUGGCCUUCAUGUUCGAGUCUGCGCUGAUCCCACGCGUGUGCCGCUGGGCGCUCGAGUCACCGUCCCGGGACCUCGACUACUACCAGUGUUGGAUCGGGCUCAAAUCCCACUUCUCCCACGGCAAAGAUGGCAGUGACGGACCUGCGACAACCAGCAGCGACGACAAGGAUGGCGAGAAGUAGCUCUGUUCCCGCAGGUAGGAAAUGAAAUUCCCAGGCCAUGUAUAUGUAUGUAUACUACUAGUUACCUGUGUAAAGGGAGAAAGCAAACAUUAAUCAAUCCAGUAGGAAUAAAUAAGCAGAAUGUGCAGCAUGCAUGUACAAUCACCAUCCAACAUGCCAAUGUGUAUACAUAAUAAUAUCAUUAGCAAGCAAAAGCAUGUAAAGAGGAAUAAUACAUGUUUUUGGAAUAAAGAGGAAUAAUGUGGCUGCA